AUUGUACUUUUAAUAAUUUUUAUACAACAAUAUGGGCACCAACGACACAUCAACAAUUAUUAACAAAAAACAAUCAUAUGAAAAAAAUGAUAUAGAUGAGUAUGGAAAAAAUUUAAAAAUUCUACCAACAAAUGAUCAAGUUAAAGAAUUACAAACAAUUUUACGUGACAAAAACACAACAAGGAGUGACUUUAAAUUUUAUGCUGAUCGUUUGAUUCGGCUUGUAAUUGAAGAGAGUCUUAAUCAAUUACCAUUUACAAAAUUUGUUGUAACAACACCAACUGGUGAAAAAUAUAAUGGCCUUAAAUAUCAGAAAGGUAAUUGUGGAGUUUCAAUUGUUAGAAGUGGUGAAGCUAUGGAACAGGGAUUGAGAGACUGUUGUCGAAGUAUUAGAAUUGGAAAAAUACUUGUUGAAAGUGAUGCUGAUACACAUGAAGCCAAAGUUGUGUAUGCAAAAUUUCCAGAUGACAUUGCAGAUCGUAAAGUUUUACUAAUGUAUCCAAUAAUGAGUACAGGAAAUACUGUGAUAAAAGCUAUUGCUGUGUUAAAAGAACAUCAUGUUCUUGAAGAAAAUAUUAUACUGUCAAAUUUAUUUUGUACACCACCAGCUGCCAAAACUCUAGUCACUGCAUUUCCAAAAAUGAAAUUUUUAACAUCAGAAAUACACAAAGUCGCACCAAAUCAUUUUGGCCAAAAAUAUUUUGGUACGGACUAAUUUUUAUUUUAAUAUUUAGUUCAAAUUGUAAAAUUAGAUUUUUUUUUUUUUUUUUUGUUAAUCAACAUAUUGAUAGAAACUUGACGUAAAGAAAUUCGAAAUCAUUGUUUAUUAUUUUUUUUUUUUGAAUUAAAAGCAUAGUAUUAGUAUUUUUUUUUUUUGUUGUGUUUGGAUUUUAUUGAUCAUUUUUUUCAUAAUAAAAUCAUGUUUUCAACAACGCACACAAUUUUUACAUUGACUUUAAAUGUUUUUAUAGUCACAAAAAUAUUUUAUUAAAUUAAUUUAACACGAAAAGAGAAAUAUUUGUUAAAUAUAAAUAAUUGUCAUGCCAUUUUACGAUUAAAC